CCUGUCUUGUUAUUAGAGGUGUCUUUUAUAUUUCUAUAUACAUCGAUCCAUACACGUAGUACUCUUGGAGAUGGAGAGAUUAGUUUUGGUUGUCAUGUUUUUCCUGGUGGUGAUGCCUGGAGGAGGGAAUGGGCAGAAUCAAGAUUCGUGGGUGAAAAGAGUUGAUACUGGUAAAGAAGUGGUGACCACAAUGCAAUUCUACUUCCACGAUAUACUUAGCGGCUCCAACCCAAGUGCUAUCCAGGUUGCUCAGCCGUCAGGGUCCAGAAAUUCCGGCACCGGCUUCGGCACCAUUAUGAUGGCGGAUGACGCGUUGACGGUGGGACCUGAUCCGGCGUCGAAGGUAGUGGGGCGUGCCCGUGGGAUUUACGGAUCCGCGGGGCAGACUGACCUGGGCCUCAUCAUGGCCAUGAGCUACACCUUCACCGACGGGGAUUACGCUGGAAGCUCUUUCAGCCUUCUCAGCAUCAACCCGGCGAUGAACCCCGUCCGUGAAAUGGCUAUAGUCGGCGGUACCGGUCUCUUCCGUUUGGCACGCGGAUAUGCCAUCGCCAACACCAUUUCCCUUAAUGCCAAUGGGGAUGCUGUUGUGGGCUACAACGUUACUCUUUCUACCUACAUUUGAUCCAAUUCAAUAUAAUAUCAUCUUUACUUGUUAUUAGAUUAUUAUUGUUUGCAAUUUAUUAGAUGGAUAGACAUUAUUACUGUUGUCUUAAUUUCAUUCUCACAUUAUAUUUUAGUUGGCUGCCUAGCUAUUUUUAUUUUAUUUAAAAGACUGAUAAUUAAUUAA